ACAGAGCUGUCAGAGCUCACAUCUGUCUGUACACAGAGGCUCUGGGUGUCGCGGCGGAAACACUUCAGCGGCUCACUUCGGAAAUACGUCCGGUUUUGGUCUUGGUUACGGAUAUAACCUGAGCUUUUACGCGGCCAUGGAGUUACAGAAGUGGCGGUGUUGUGCGCUCGGUGCGUCUCUGCUCGCCGUGUUCAGCUCAGCCAUGGCUGCCGCGCACUAUAGCUGCGAUGGCUCACUCGCAUCCGGACUGCCUGCGGCUUCUUUCCGGAGUUCAUCACAUUUCUCAGAAAGUCGGGCUGCUAACUUUGCUAAACUGAACAGAAGAGACGGAGGUGGUGGUUGGAGCCCGCAGUUGACAGACAGGUCACCGUGGCUACAGCUGGACCUCAGGGCACGCAUGGAGGUGACGGCUGUAGCUACACAGGGCCGCCAUGGCAGUCACGACUGGGUCGGCGGAUACACACUUCUCUACAGCGACAGCGGGAGUGUGUGGAAACAGUACAGGAACGAGGACAGAGUUGCGAGAUUGGUGGGGAACACGAAUUCCGACAGUGCAGUCUAUCACAAACUCAGUCAACCCAUUCGAACCCGCUUUCUGAAAUUUGUUCCUCUCGAGUGGAACCCCAGUGGCAGAAUCGGGCUCAGGAUCGACAUCUACGGCUGCGCAUACAAAUCGUACGUGGCGGAUUUUGAUGGCAGAAGCUCUCUGCUGUACCGGUUUAACCAGAAGUCCAUGAGCACGGUGAAGGACGUGAUCUCUCUGCGCUUUAAGAGCCGACAAACGGAGGGCGUCCUGCUGCACGGAGAGGGACAGCGAGGUGAUUAUAUCACGCUGGAGCUCCACCGAGGGAGACUGGCUUUACACCUCAACCUCGAUGAUACCCGGGUCAGGUCAAGCAGCGGCCGUAUGGUGGUCACACUGGGCAGUCUGCUCGAUGACCAGCACUGGCACUCGGUGCUGAUCGAACGCUUUAACAAGCAGGUCAACUUCACCUUGGACCGACACACGCAGCACUUCAGGACCAAAGGGGAUGGAGACUCUCUUGAGGUUGACUAUGAGCUCAGCUUCGGCGGGAUCCCGCUACCGGGAAAACCCGGAACGUUCCUCAGACGCAACUUUCACGGCUGUGUGGAGAAUCUCUACUACAACGGCGCGAACAUCAUCGACCUCGCCAAGCGACGCAAGCCACAGAUAUACACAGUGGGAAAUGUGACCUUUUCGUGCUCGGAGCCGCAGCUGGUGGCCGUUACCUUCCUGAGCUCCAGCAGCAGUUUCCUGUCCUUUCCAGCUCCCGUUCCCUCUCUGGAUGGGCUUUCGGUCCGGCUGCAGUUCCGAACCUGGAAUCCCGACGGCCUGCUGCUGUCCAGUCGACUGGCGUCGGACCCGGAGCAGCGUUACCUGCUCCUGCGCAUCAGCAGCGGCCGCCUUCGCCUCACGCACCAUGCCUCAGACCUUAAAACUCUGGAAGUGUCUACUGGGCAAAGGGUGAACGAUGGGCUCUGGCACUCGGUGAGUCUGAGCACCAGAGGUCUGCAGAUCAUCAUGACGCUGGAUAACGAGCCAGCAUCCACCAUUCAGCUGGAGGACUUCCUGGAACCCAGGGACAGCUACUACUUUGGGGGUUGUCCGCCAUCUCAAAAUGGCUCUGGCUGUAUGAACACUGUAAUGGCCUUCCAGGGCUGCAUGCGGCUCAUCCUCAUCAACAACCAGCCCGUGGACCUCAUGCAAAUCCAGCAAGGGAUGGUGGGAAGUUGGAAUGAGAUAGAGUUUGACAUUUGUGGCAUUCAGGACAGAUGUCUGCCUAACUUCUGCGAAAACGGUGGCCGCUGCUCUCAGACGUGGGCUUCUUUCUACUGCGACUGUGCAGGGACGGGAUACAGCGGCGCCACGUGCCAUAACUCAAUCUAUGAAGCCUCAUGCGAGGCCUACAGGCUUGCAGGAAGCACCUCGGGCUACUUCUCUGUCGAUCCUGAUGGGAGUGGCCCUCUGGGGCCAAUUCAGGUCUACUGCAAUAUGACGGAGGAAAAAGUAUGGACCGUGAUCCACCACAACAGCACCGAUCCGGUCCGAGUUCACGGAUCGACAGCUGAGAAACCCUACAAAGCAGCCUUGGAUUACGGCGGCUCGCCGGAUCAACUCCGGGUCCUGGUGUCGCAGUCAGAAUACUGCCAACAAACACUGACCUAUCAGUGCAGGAGAUCUCGACUUUUCAACACGUGGGAUGGUGCUCCUUUGUCCUGGUGGCUGGAGCGUGGUGGUGAGAGAAGGACGUAUUGGGGAGGUUUACUUCCGGGUGUUCAGCACUGCGCCUGCAGUCUGGAGGAAAACUGCAUCGACAUGAACUACUUCUGCAAUUGCGACGCUGACCGAGACUCAUGGGAAAACGAUACCGGGAUCCUGUCCUAUAAAGACGAUUUACCAGUGAGCGGAAUAGUAAUAGGAGACACAAACCGAGCGAGAUCUGAGGCAGUCUUCAACGUCGGGCCCCUGCAAUGCUCCGGUGACAAGUCUGUUUGGAACGCCGCGUCUUUUUACGACGAGGCCUCGUACCUGCUCUUCCCUGCCUCGCAAAUGGAGCUCUCUUUCGACAUCUCCUUCUACUUCAAGACCGGCUCGCCCUCGGGAGUCUUCGUCGAAAACGUGGGUUCGCGAGACUUCAUCAGAGUCGAGCUGAGCUCUCCUUCAGCUGCUACCUUGUCGUUCGAUGCGGGAUACGGGCCGACCGUGCUAAACGUGAAAUCUCCGGUGCCGCUGAACGACCGCCAGUGGCACUGGGUCCGAGCUGAGAGGAACGUAAAGGAGGCGUCGCUGCAGGUCGACCAGUUGCCUCUACGCUUCCUGGAGCCUCCAGCACACACACAAAUACGUCUGCAACUCAACAACCAGCUCUUUGUGGGAGGAACAGCAUCCAGACAGCGAGGCUUUCUGGGGUGCAUGAGAGCACUUACGGUAAACGGUGCAACCUUCGACCUGGACGAGAGGGCAAAGGUGACUCCGGGCGUGAGCUCGGGCUGCGCGGGUCACUGCAGCAGUUCUGUGGGCAUCUGCCACAACCGGGGCAGGUGUGUAGAGAAGAGUACAGGCUACGUGUGUGACUGCACACAUUCGGCAUACGGAGGACCCUCCUGCAAGGAAGAGGUAUCCGUGUCCUUCGAGAGAGGUUCCUCGGUGACGUACACGUUCCAAGAGCCUUUCUCCGUCAUACAAAACAGGACGCAGGUCUCCUCCUCCUCGUCCUCUGUGUACAGCAAGUCUAGAGACAACAUGGCACUUAGCUUCCUCACCACACAGAGUCCUGCUAUGCUCCUCACCAUCAACACCUUCACCCAGCAGUACGUAGCGGUUAUCCUCGCUCGCAAUGGGAGUCUGCAGAUUUGGUAUCAGCUUCAUAAGGAGCGAAAGCCCAGCGUCUUCAGCCCCGUGCUCACUAGUCUUGCAGACGGGAAGCUUCACCGACUCCGGCUUCACCGCGAAGGAAAAGACGUCUACGUUCAGGUUGAUCAAGACAAUAAAAAGUACACCCUCUCACAGGACACCGACUUUAACUCGAUGAGGUCACUAACCCUAGGAAAAAUUACAGAAACUGAAGCGCUAGAUGAUGAAGUAGCCCAAGCGGGAUCCAAAGGUUUCGUCGGUUGCUUUUCGUCAGUUCAGUACAAUCACGUGGCUCCACUAAAGGCAGCGCUGUUGAACCGUGGGAGCUCUUUGGUCAGCAUACGAGGCCAUUUGCUCGAGUCUAAUUGUGGAGCGCUGGCAGAUUUAUCAACCACUAAAUCCCGUCUAGACCACGGGGAAGAGGUGGGUACGGACAACAAGCGUCGCGAAGACGACACCCCAAGAGAUUCGGCAGUAAUUGGAGGCGUGGUCACAGCUGUGGUGUUCGUCACGCUCUGUUUGCUCGCCGUGAUGGCACGCUUCCUGUACCAACACCGGCAGAUUCAGAGGACUACCAGCAUCCAGGAGAAGGAGCACAGGCGCAGCCUUGAAGCUGCCUACCGGGCAGAACUUCACAUGAACCAGACUAUAAGGGACAGCAUGAAGGAGUACUACAUCUGAUGGAAGCCUUGUAGCCGCCGAUCGUCCCUCUUCAACUUUUGUCCUUUUGCACGCUUGUGGUGCGAACUUUACCUAGCGCGAGUUGAGUUGCGUGGACAAGAUCCUUCACUGACUGUAGGGGUCUUUGGAUUUGGGUAGGUAGUAGCUAUUAGAUGCCCAACCUGUUGGCCCGGAGUAGCGGGCCUGGGGUUGUGCUGUCUGGUGAUGGUGUUUUCAGGAACGUCCCUGCAUUUCUUGGACAAUAUUUCCUCUGAGAAAAUCUUAAAGAAGCAGUAUCUGGUUAUUUUUUGGAGACUUUCUGAACUAAAGUGUAAUGCUAUUAUCCACAAACUCACCGACACUAUGCCUACCAUAAGGCCCUGUCCCCCUUCCUAUAACUGCUGGAGAUAAAGUACAAGGCUCAGUGCAAGAGUAUGGGCUGAAAAUUCUAUUUAUUCAUUCUUCAUUGCACUACUUUAGUUUGUUUUCAUGGAACAUAUUUGACUGUAUUCAUUGCGUAUAAUGUAGAGAAAGCUAAAUAUUAUCCAUGAGUGUUGGCAGAAAUCAAGAACGUAUGCAGACGUGUGUGCAACCGACGCGUCAGACUCGGAUCCUGGAGUCUGGUGGUCCUGGUGUUGAAGUUCAAAUGGAAAAUGGGUUGAAAAUCUUAGCGUUGGUAAAAUGUACAUUUGAAUAUAAGGUAAUGUGAAUCAUGAUGUUUUUAUAUAAAUAAAUAAAUAAAUAAAUAAAUAAAUAAAUAGUUAAGGUGUGAAAUGUCAUGCCAGCUUUCCGAUGACAAACUCUACAUGACAUUUUCUCUAUUUAGUCCCAGUCUAUUUAUUUGGAAUCCUUAACAACUGGUGUUCGCACAGCGAUCGAACUUCUUGACGGCCAAAGAUUUGGCAAAAGGUAGCUCACGAACCCAGCGACUUAAAUUAAUCUGACAAUACCAGCCUUUAAAUAAUUCC